AUGGUUUUAAAGAACAAUUUAGAAAAAAAUCUAAAAGACUUGGAAACGAGAAUUAAGGAACUAGAGCAAAGUAACGAAGAGUUCCGUUCACAAUUCAAGUAUUUAGAAGAAAAAGAUAGAGAGCGAGAAGAAGAAACCAAAGCAAAUAUUAAUAAUUUAGAAAAAAAGAUUAGAGAACGAGAAGAAGUAUCCAAAGCAAAGCAAGGAGUUUUUAAUGAAUUAGAAAAGAGAAUCAGUAAUCUUGAAUUAAC